AUGGAUUCUGCAGAAGCAAUAACUGCCCCGGUCGAGGACUACUCCUACUUGAAGGAAACAGCUCAAGAUUGCAAGGCUAGUUUCUCCUCCGAGAUCACAGAUGCGCGUGACAUUCCUGGCUGCAGCCGCGAGCAAGUUGACAAGAGCGUGGAUUUUGCAGAAGACGUACCAGCUAUGGUUGAGAAGGAGUACUUGAUGAAAGCGGCUCAGGAGCUCAAGGUUGAUUUCGACAAGAGAAAAGAGAAGAUGCAUAGGUUCCCUGCAAGCCUGCAGGGUCUGGGCAGCCAGUACACGGUGCCAAGGGUCGUGGCCAUCGGCCCUUACCACCACGGCUCACCCCACCUCCGGCAGAUGGAGAAGGUGAAGCACGCGGCCGCCUACCACUUCGUCAGCGGGUCAAGCCACUCGCUUGAGGAGAUCUACGGCGCUGUCGUCAAGGUUGCGCACAAGGCCCGCCGACUCUAUGCCGAUGACGCGGUGGCAGGUAUCAGCCAUGCUGACUUCGAGGCUAUCAUGUUCUAUGAUGCUUGUUUCUUGCUCGAGUUCAUGCUUAUUUUCAACAAGAAGCAGCCCCCAUGUCCAGAGUUGCUCGGUGUUUUUCGAUCCAACAAGCUGCAUAUCAACAAUGAUGUAAUGAUGUUGGAGAACCAGCUCCCCUGGCUGGUUGUGGAAACCCUCCUCAACUUCAGGUCCGUGCCACUGAAGAAGAAAAUUUCUAGGAUGGGAGAAGGUCUCAACCAUAUGCAUCCAACCGAAGCAGAACAAGUCCUUUCGGACUUGGACGAAGAGUACAGCCCGCCUCAUCUCCUUGGUCUCCUCCGAUUCUACAAGACAAGAUGCAAGACUGCCAGCAACAAGCCCAACAUAUCCACCAAUAUAGUCAGCAUUAAUAAAUUGGACCGUUCGAAAGCCCGAACAGCUGCCGAGCCUGACCUCUCUCAUCUAGAAAGACAUAUACCAAACAAGUCCAGGAAAAGACUCGGCUCAACUUCAAUAUCUUCAAGUGCCAUCGAGCUUGCGGAAAUCGGCAUCAAGCUCAAAGCCAUCCAGACAGGAAGUUUCACAGAAAUUGGCCUAAGGAAAGGACCCCUCUUUGCCGAGCUUUUCCUGACACCACUGGUGCUAAGCAGUGUAACGGCAUGCUGGCUUGUAAACAUGGCGGCUUUCGAAGUAUGCACAACCUCAGGGGAUCAACAUGAUGACCAAGAGAUGGCCAUAUGCUCGUACAUCGCCCUCCUUUCGAUGCUUAUGGACCGGGAGGAGGAUGUGCACGAGCUACGAGUGAAGCAUCUUGUGCAAGGAGAACUCACAAACAAGGAGAUGCUCCGGUUCUUCAAGAGCCUUACCAAGCACCUAUCUGUCGGCCGGUCCUACCGCCGUAUCUUGAGACACAUCGAGAGUUACAAGGUCAAUAGGUGGAUGUGGAUUAAGCUGCACAGAUUCAUCUACAACAACUUCAAAACAAUGGUCACGGUCUUCUCUGUGGUUGGUGUUCUAGCCGGCAUCUUCAAGACGCUCCUCUCUCUCAAGCAACACCAGUAA